AACGCGGCGGCGCGGCGGGCAGCUCAGAUCGUGCGGCGGGACGGAGCUCUCCUCUUCUUCCAUCUCGUCCUCUUUGCCCUCCUUUCUUCGUCGCCGCACCCCGACAGCCGCUCCGCUCGGCAGCCGCGCAGCGGGACAGGGCGCCAUCCCCACAGCGUAGCGGAGCGCCCUCCCAAGCAGCCCCACCGACGAAUUCGCGGCUCCGUGGCGGCCAUGGAGCACCGUGGCGCCUCCCCGCUCCUCCUCGCCCUCGCCCUCCUCAGCGCCCUCUGCUGGAGGGCGCGGGCGCUGCCCCCGCGGGGCGCCGCCUUCCCUGCUGUGCCGCGACUGGGAAACAGAUUGCCCUUUGAUGCAGCCAGUGAAUCUGACCGCGCCCACGGGUCCCUAAAGUCUGAAUCAGACAUUUUGCAGAACACACUACCUGAAAAUGAGAAAUUCUAUUUUGAUUUGUCCAGAGUUAUUGAUAGCUCCCAGGACAGCCCUGUCAAACGCCACUCUGAUGCUGUCUUCACUGACAACUACAGCCGCUUUCGAAAGCAAAUGGCUGUGAAGAAAUACUUAAACUCAGUUCUAACUGGAAAACGAAGCCAGGAAGAGUUAAAUCCAGCCAAACUUCGAGAUGAAGCAGAAAUUCUUGAACCUUCCUUUUCAGAAAACUAUGAUGAUGUUUCUGUAGAUGAACUGCUGAGCCACCUCCCAUUGGACCUCUGAAGGACGCCUAGAAAAUUCUUCAACAAGUUAUUUUUCAGUUCCACAUAGUAUUUCAAAGAGAUGACUUUAGUCAUCAAAUCUGAACAAAUAUGUUGUGAAGUGAAAGUUGUGAUAUAUUUGUUUCUUAUGUAAUAAAAGUUGAUAUUUACAUUGUAAAUACUAUUCUAGAGUUCUCUACUGAAAGCUGUACAUAUGGAUGCGAGUUAAACAAAUGAGAAGUCUGUAAGUCCAUAUGCUGUAAAUCCUUUACUUCAAUAAAUUCAUUUGAAAAUGA